UUUCAGAUGUUCCGGCAUCUAUAUAUAGGCCUCAUCAGUCUUCUAGUCUUGACCGCCGGCCCGAUCGAGGCCCGAAGAUCUUCGAGUGGCGGUGGCAGCCUGUCAGGUGGCGGUGGAGGUGGUGGUGGAUUCUCGAGUCGCGGACAGAGUGGAUCAAGAACUGGAGUUCAACAAGGAACCGGAGGAGGAGGAUUCAACAAUAAUCAAGGAGGAUUCCAUCCGAAUCAAGGAUCCGGUGGAUUCAAUCAGCCACGACCGAACAACAAUUUCAACAAUAAUCCACAGGGAGGAUUCCAUCCGAACCCGAAUCAAGGUGGCUUCCACCCGAAUCAGGGAGGAUUCCAUCCAAAUAAUGGAGGAUUCCGUCCAGGCACCGGUCUCGGCUCUCAAUCGAGCAGUGGAACAUUCAAGAAAGCUCUGAUCGGUGGAGCUCUCGGAGCAGCCGGAGGAAUUCUAGCCUAUGAAGCCGGAAAAGCUAUUAUCAAGUCGGCAACCGAGCCAUUUAAUUACAAUGGACGUAACUAUAAUUGGGAUAAUCACGGACAAGUUCGCAAUGGAGAAUUCCAGUGCUCAAUUCCGUUGAGCCAGUUGACCGCGCAGCAAUCCACCACCACCACCACACCGACAACAACAUCGACAACGACAGCCUCUCCAGAUGGUUCAACGACGAUUUCUCCAUCAUCAACUACUCCAACACCGGAGCAGGUUCUUCAAAAUAUCCAAUACCCCGACGGAUCGCGACCGAAGAACAUUGUAUGGGCAUGCAAAGCCGGACGUGAAGUGUGCUGUGGAACCGACUGCUGUCCGGCUCCAGUUCAAAACCAAAAUUCUGCCGGAGGAGCCGGUGGAAGUCACGGAUCCGGUGGAUCGGCUGGAACCAUCGCACUCAUGGACAACUACGGGAAUGCUGGACUGGUGCAGGAUUAUUGAUUUUAUAGUGUCAUCAUUAUCCUUCUUCUCCUCUGCUGUGGAUGCUGCCUGGGUGCCUAUUUCUGUUGCCGAUCGAUUUUCGAUUGUGGAGAUGAUAAGCGUGACGAUCAACAGUAUCAUGAUGAUUAUUCCCAACAACAACAAUAUCAAAUGCAAAACUAUCCACCACAACAACAGCAGCAACAGCAAUACGGACAAUAUUAUCAACAACCACAGCAAGGCGGUUAUUCACAGCAGCAGCAGCAGGGAGGAUAUCCACAAGGAGGAAAUUAUUAUCCACCAAACAAUUAUCAACAGCAACCAACUUAUUGAUUUUCCGGUUAUUUCCGAUUUUCAUAAAUUUUUCCUCCUACUUUCCCUUCUUUCUUUACAUCUUUGAUUACUUUUUCUGAAACUUUGCUCUUUGUGCCAUAGGCGUCUUAUUUUUCGAUUUUUUUUCUCUAAUUUUAAAUCGUUUUUUUCAAAUCAACCACACUUUCAUUUGAAAUUUGAAAUGUUCAAAAUUCUUCCGCUAUCAUUUACGGGAAAAUAUGUCACUUUUUGCCCAUUUCGAAAAUAAUAAAUUGUUUUGCUACGAAAA